GAGAGAGAGAGAGAGAGAGCGCUCGCGAUGGAAGGUGCGCGAGUCCAUGUCGGAGCAGGAGAGCGGCCGUCCGUUUAAAGGAGAGCGAAGGAAAAUAAACAUAAGAGAGGAGAAGAAAAAAAAACUAAUAAAUAAAGAGUGUUAAAAGGAAAUAAAGCAUGAGAGAGUAGUAGUGGAGAGAGAAGCAGGUCACCUUGAGGAAUGGUACUUUAUUAAGCGAGCAGGGAAGAAGAAGGAGGAGAAGAAGGAGGAGAAGGAGAGCGAGGCGGUUCCGCUGGUCCGCUGCGCACCGGCUGCUGAGGCGCUCGCGCGGCGCGCAGGCAUGUCGGCAUGGCGUGCACCAGGAGAACCAAAACUUUGGUGUCGACGUGCGUGAUCCUGAGCGGCAUGACCAACAUCGUGUGCCUGCUCUACGUCGGAUGGGUCACCAACUACAUCGCCAGUGUGUAUAUUAAAGUGCCGGUGCCCGUCCCAGCCAGGAAGUUGGAGGGCGACAAGAAGGGCGAAACUCUGCGGAUUAUAGAGCGACUCGACCGCCUGGAAAAUGUCGUCAACCAGCACAUACAAGAAACCCCAGCGAAAUCAGAUGGUAAUCAGGAGGACCGGUCAUUUGCAGAUUCCUCACUCUUCAGCCACUGGGGUCAGGAUCUGAACUCUGAGAGCCGCCGUGUUGCCCUCAAGAUGUUCCAAUACUACGGUUACAACGGCUACCUCAGUGACCGCCUGCCCAUGGACCGAGCCAUCCCUGACUACAGACCAGACGGGUGUAAGAACAUGACGUACCCCUCGAACCUUCCGCAGGUCAGCAUCGUGUUCAUCUUUGUGAACGAGGCACUGUCUGUCAUCCUGCGCUCCAUCCGCUCGGCCAUGAACAAAACCCCCAGCCACCUCCUCAAAGAGAUCAUCCUGGUGGACGACAACAGCAGCAGCGAUGAGCUGAAGGAGAAGCUCCAGGGAUUUGUAGAAGAGACGAAUGCUAAAAGUCCAGGUUUUAUUAAGAUGGUUCGGCACCACAAGCAGGAGGGUCUGAUCCGGUCUCGUGUGAGCGGCUGGAGGGCUGCGACUGCCCCUGUGGUGGCUCUUUUCGAUGCCCACGUGGAGUUUAAUACUGGCUGGGCCGAGCCAAUUCUCCAGCGAAUCAAAGAGGACCGGACAAGGAUCAUCUCACCGUCGUUUGACAACAUUAAAUACGACACAUUUGAAGUGGAGGAGUAUCCACUUUCUGCUCAGGGCUUCGACUGGGAGCUGUGGUGUCGCUACCUGAACCCACCCAAGUCCUGGUGGAACCUGAACAACACCACCUCUCCAAUCAGGAGUCCUGCUCUGAUUGGCUGCUUUGUGGUAGACAGGAAGUAUUUUGAGGAAAUCGGGCUGCUGGACGAAGGCUUGGAAAUCUAUGGUGGCGAGAAUGUGGAGCUGGGCGUCAGGGUGUGGCAGUGUGGUGGCAGCGUGGAGGUUCUGCCCUGUGCCCGUAUUGCCCACAUCGAGCGCGCUCACAAGCCGUACACUGAGGACCUGACUGCACACGUGCGCCGUAACGCCCUGAGAGUGGCCGAGGUGUGGAUGGACGAGUUCAAGAGCCACGUGUACAUGGCCUGGAACAUUCCACAGGAGGACUCAGGCAUAGACAUUGGAGAUAUCUCAGAGAGGAAAGCCCUGAGGAAAAGGCUGCAGUGUAAAACAUUCAGGUGGUACCUGGUGAACAUCUACCCAGAGAUGAGGAUGUACACAGACACCAUCGCUUAUGGAGUGUUGAGGAACUCCCUAAAAAGCGAGCUGUGUCUGGAUCAAGGGCCAGACACCGACAACGUCCCCAUCCUCUACCUCUGCCACGGGAUGACUCCGCAGAACGUGUACUACAGCAGCACGCAGCAGCUACACGUGGGCGUGCUCAGCCCCACCAUCGACGACGACGACAACAAGUGCCUGGUGGAUGUGAACGGGCGGCCGAGGCUGAUCGAGUGCAGCUACGCCGCGGCCAAGCGCAUGAAACUGCACUGGCUUUUUACUCAGAGAGGCUCCAUACAAAACAGGAAGUCAAAGAGAUGCCUCGAGCUCGUGGAGAGCAACGAAAGUGAGUUUGGGUUCGAGCUCAUUGUCCAGAAAUGCUCCGGACAAAAAUGGACAAUCACCAGCAUUCUGCCUGGGAGCACCAUGUAAUGGGACGGAGAGAGAGUCGAAGACACUGGACAGCACCGAGAAGCCUGGAUGACGACGCAGAGGAAACCACAAUGCACCUGGAUGUCUCUAUUUGAACUUGACAUCAUAUGAUAAAUGUUAAACAUUUUUUAAUCCUUAUCUACUGUACAUGUGCAUACGGAUCAGCCACUGCUUGGCACCUUGGCCAGUGGAAUGUAGGUGCGUUUAUCUAAUAUUUUCUAAUGAUCAGAUAUAUAUAUAGCAGAUAUGAUAUAGCCAAGCCUAUUUCUAGUUAUCACUCAAGCUUUCACUAUAUACAUUUUUUAUAUAACUUUUUAUCAUGACACAAAACCUCAGCGAUUUUAAACCAAUUCGAUUUGCAUAAGAAAAAGUUGGACGUCGGAAUGAGUUUCAAAAUGCAUCCAGCCCCCGAUUAUUAGUGUGAAGAAGAUUAUGAUUAUAAUAUGAAAUCAUUUAAAAUAAUAAGAGGUGAGAAGAAAAUUUUAAAAAGUUGCAAAAAACAAAGGAUCAGUUAACGAUGAAAUAAUCAUAAACGGAUUAUUGUUAAGGAAACCGUGUAAAAGUAAUAUUCACAUUCUUAAACUGAUGUGUGAAUAAUUGUAUAAUAAGCCAGCAAGCUCGAGUAUGAGUUUCCCAGUAACUCAAAUUCAAAUGUUGUUUGUCACACCUAAAUUGGUAUUAAAAACAAUGAAGAUAACAAAUUAAAAUCAAAUAUUUCUCCUUUACAUCAUUGACAUUUGAGCAGUUCCCACCAUUUUCAACCAAGACUUUUAUCUACAUAUUGAAGAAAGGACAACAAAUUGAAUCGAAUCGUAUCAUAUCAGACUCAGCGAUAUCAAAUGUCAGAUCAUCACCUGAAGAAUUAAUAUUGUAUCAUAUCAUGUGAAAGCUUCAGGUUCACUCGCUCGAAUAUAAAAGCAGUGAUACUUGUUUUUACUUUGCUUUAACUUUGGAAGGAUGCACUUUUGUCUUGAGCUGCAAACAUUAAUAUGAUUCGACGUUAUUUUCGCUCAGCAGUUCAGUGUUUGCUGUGCAGAUGUCACUAGGGAGAAGGAGCUACAACGCUCUGCAACAGUCGUGCACGAAUUUAUUAAAUGUAUAAGUCCCUUCAAGUUGCUCAUGAUGUUCUGAGGCAAAACAUCUCAAUCCCUGUUUCAUAAAACUAGAAAUAGGCUUUAACUAUAUACGAUAUUUGUUAUGAAAAGUACAUAAGAAAUAUUAGAUAAACCAGCCUUUAAUACAGAUAAGAUGUUUCAGCGUGGAUGUUCUGCACAAUUCGUUUUUGUGCGAGGUAUCGUUUGGAUUUGUGUCGACUUUUGAAGGUGUCACCGGACUGGACGCAAGGUUUUUUAUUUUAAGGCGUGCAGUCCGUAUUUGCUACCGUGUAGCAGGCUUUGGCAAUGUUUCUUGCUGUAUUUCUUUCCUUCUAGUGUCUCAGGUUCGUAGGUCGAGAUUAUUUUGGAAUCGAGCUGUACAUUUCGGGGACAUGCCAAUACGUUGGAAUAUGUCUGGAUACAAAUCGACUAUUUUAUAUCUUCAUGUAAAUCUCGGUAUUUAUAAUAUAUGGCAUUAAAAUGAACAGAUGGAGAAAAAAA